AUGGAAAAAAAGCAUGCACAGGUUCUCCUUGUUUCCUUGUGUGUGGUGGCACUGGUGGCGGCGGUGCUGUUUUCAGGGGAAAUUCGAAUGGCGGAAGCAGUUACAUGUGAUGUCUCGGAGCUCAGCCCGUGCAUGGAGGCGAUCAUGUCGCCGAAGCCUCCAUCGAAGACUUGUUGCAGCAAGCUGAAGGAGCAGAAGCCAUGUUUUUGCCAGUACCUUAAGAACCCAACCAUUAAAAUGUUCGUGGACACUCCUAAAGCUAAAGGCAUUGCUAGCUCUUGUGGUGUUGAAUAUCCUCGGUGUUAA